AAUUCUUUAGUUACUCGAUCUAGGAUUUAUCGCUCCUUUAUCGCGUCUUCUGUUAUAUAUUUAUAUCACUCGAAGACGAAAAAUCGUGUCUUCAGGAUUUAAUCUCUCUGGGAUUUGGUUCAGCGCUUCAGAAAUUCCUCUUUGGCCACGAAAAUCGUUUCUUUUUUAUUUCACUCAUUAAUUAUAUUCCAUUUCCCCCCAAUUUCUAGAUUGGAUUUACGCAUUAAUUUUCAAUUCAUUUCCAAUCUACUAAAGAAUACAUUUUCAAUUCAGUGAAUCGAAAAGGAAAUAUGAAUUUUCUUUGUCAAAUUCAGACCCGUUUGAGUUUCACCUCCAAGCCUACCCGCAGAAAUUAGGAUUCCGAUUUUUUGACAUCCUCUACGUGAAGUCAACAAAGUUUUAUUUUUUUUUUCUUGAAUUGUUUUGGGGAUUUUACAGAAAAAUCAACAAAGUCAUGUUCUAUGGUAAGGUGGUGUGGGAUCCAUUUCUAAUAGUUGCACAAAUCGUUUGCCUACAAUGUUUAUACUAUCUGACACUCGGAGUAUUUUUGGCCCUUCUUGUUGGGACGAGGGUUUCUAAAAUGAGCCUGGUUUAUUUCUUUGAUUAUGCUAUUGUUACUGCAUCUACAGUUACUGGGUGGUGCGUCAUUGCCUCAAUAUUUCUCAGUUGCGUUGCUGGGGCUGUUUAUUUAGUCUAUUUGAUUGAAAGGGCGAAGAAGUGCCUAGAUUUCUCAGCCACCCUUUAUAUCAUCCACCUUUUCAUUUGUAUCAUAUAUGGAGGCUGGCCUUCAUCAAUAACAUGGUGGGUAGUGAACAUUACCGCCUUUACAGUGAUGGCAUUCUUAGGUUACUGUUUGUGCAUGAAACGGGAAAUGCGCGAAAUUCCUACUUCAAGAUCCCGUUCAACAUAAUUAUUUGAGUAUGUCUUUUAAAUCAAUGCAGGUUUUUGACCAGUGUGGAACUUGCAAAUUAACUUUGAAUGAAGCUCAUAAGAUACCGAUUCGGCGUUCUUUUCGAACCACAUCUUGGAACCCAUUCAAGAGACUUAUAUUCCAUGCUGGGAUGUGCUACAGGUUAAAGUUUUUGAAAUAUGACAUGAAACCCAACCAAUUUCAAAAAUUGAAUUUGUCCCUGUACAAUUGAGGGAAGUAAUGAAAAUUUUGAAUGAUGUAAAAUGGCUUUAUGCCUAUGUUAUUUGCUAUAUCUUGUUUGGGUGACCAGUUUUGAAUGUCAAGAUGGAUAAUCUGACAUUUUGAGGAAGUUUAUAUUGUUUUUUUGUAGUGUUAAGUCCUACCCUAUUUUGUACUAAGCUUGCACAUGGAGUAUUAUUACUUAUUAGACAGGGAUUUUAAAUGUAAAUGGUCACCUUGACAUUGCCUACUUUAAUUCUACAUCACCACCUUUGACAUUGUCCAUAUCA